AUGUUGAGACAGUUCGGCAACAGGUUCUUGGACUGCUAACCCACAUCAGAAUAGUAGAGCGAUGUUGAAAAUAUAUUUAGCUGUGUUAAUAAUAAAUGGUGUGGGUGGCCAAAUUAGCUUUUCAUCAUUACCUUGUAACCAUCGAAGUCCGAAAAUUGUAGGAGGCUCGGAUGCUGAAAAAAGCGAAAUGCCAUAUAUGGUAAGUCUUAUGCGACGAGGAGGACACUUUUGUGGCGCUAGUAUUUUAAAUGAGCGGUGGCUUGUGACGGCAGGCCAUUGUGUCUGCAAUGGAUUGAACAAGAUUUUUCAAGCAUCACAAAUCCAAGGUGUGAUAGGUCUUCACAGUAUAUCACAGUAUCUUAGUGGUAAUUCAGAUAAAAAAUCGACACCUACUCGCAUUAACUUUAAAAGUAUUAUACCUCAUCCAAAAUAUGAAUGCACCAUCGUAAAACAUGAUAUUGCUCUACUUCAGUUGGAUGAACCUUUAAAAUUUACAGAGCGUGUUAAACCAAUAUGUGUCAGUGUUGAAAAUCCUCUUAUAGAGUACGAAAAUCAAUUAGCGGUUGUAUCUGGUUGGGGAUGGACAAAUGAAAAUCAAGAAGAAGGUCACAAAGCAGAUAUUUUAAAAAAGGUUACCGUGAAAAUCUGGAAUAAUAAUAAUUGCGAGAAAUCUUAUAAAAUAAAUGGGAAGCCCAGCAGCAUAAUCUCAGACACCCAAUUAUGUGCAGGAUUCAAAAACGGAGGAGCAGACUCUUGUUGGGCUGAUUCUGGCGGUCCACUUAUUAUGAGAGAUAAAAUAUUAGUUGGAAUUGUUUCCACGGGAAUCGGAUGUGCUAGACCUGGACUACCGGGGAUAUAUACACGUGUCGGCAAAUAUGUUGAUUGGAUUGAUUCAGUUUUAAAAAACGCUAACGCUCUCUAAAAUAUUCUGUGAUAUUAAUAUAAACAUUACCAUGAGUAUUUUGUAUGUAAUAUAAAUUUCUAGAUUGUAACUUAACUUACAGUACCUGAAUUUCUAAUAAUAAAAUUUUCUAAAAACCGCUUCCUAUUGUAAAGAUAUUUAAGUAUAUGCAUUUAUAGUUGUAAAUAAAAUACAACCUGAUGUAUGUUUACGUCAAGAGCCAAGGAAUGGUUUGCGAAUUUUGA